AAGAGAAUCAUGUUUAGUGAAUCCGUCAAUUUAUUGCUAAGAAUUACAAAAAUUAAAUAAUUUUAUAUUAAAUACUUUCAAAGAAUUUAAGAAAAAGUACAAUUAAAAUAAUAGAUUAAAAAAGGUUAUAAAAGUGUAUAAUUCUUCUUGAAGGACUACAAAAUCGGAGAAUUUGCAACUUACAUCGAGCGAAAAAUCGAAACAUAAUUCUUCAGCCCAGCCCGAAGAGUGAGCUACGUUGCGAGUCUAGUUUAAAAAAAAGGCAAACAUUGAAAAGAAAUAGCAAACAAUUAAAGAGAAGACAGUAAACUAGUAAUUAACUACAUCAGCAGUGUAUUUAGUUGAAAACUUCAUCAAACGUGUAAAAGUGGUUUUUAACUGAUUGGGAACAACUGAGAUUAAGUGGCAUUUAUAAAUAAUUUUUUUACCACAAAAUAUAAAAACAAGCAAAACCUCUUACUUACUCCACCAUCAUUAUCGAAACGCGAGCGAACAUGUCAUCAGGCGAUUUUGGUAAUCCUUUGCGUAAAUUCAAAUUAGUAUUCCUGGGCGAGCAGAGUGUAGGCAAGACUUCACUGAUCACUAGGUUUAUGUACGAUAGCUUCGAUAACACCUAUCAGGCCACGAUCGGUAUUGACUUUCUUUCGAAAACUAUGUACUUAGAGGAUCGGACAGUUCGUCUGCAACUAUGGGAUACUGCCGGCCAAGAACGCUUUCGAUCUUUAAUACCAUCUUAUAUACGUGAUUCCACUGUGGCGGUAGUAGUAUACGAUAUUACUAAUACAAAUUCAUUCCAUCAGACCUCAAAAUGGAUUGAUGACGUGCGCACUGAAAGAGGUAGUGACGUCAUCAUAAUGUUGGUUGGAAAUAAAACUGAUCUCUCCGAUAAGCGUCAAGUUUCCACGGAAGAGGGCGAACGUAAGGCUAAAGAAUUAAAUGUAAUGUUUGUCGAAACGAGUGCCAAAGCCGGCUACAAUGUGAAACAAUUGUUCAGACGUGUAGCGGCUGCGCUACCUGGCAUGGACUCAACGACAGAGACUAAGCCCUCCGAAGAUAUGCAGGAUGUACAUUUAGGUGUUCAAAAUGAAACAAAGGAUCCCGAAGGUGGUUGUGCUUGCUGAAUAAUACCAUCAGUUUAAUUUUCCAUUAAAAUUUUUCAACGCUAAACUCAUUAUACAAAGACCCCUUCUAAUAUAAAAACCGACGCUGAGGCUACUAGGGAAUAACAAUCACAUGGAAAACCUUGUAAUAAAUUACAUUUUCAAACUCAGUAGCUAAGGGAUGUGUGUGAGAGCUGAUCUUGAUGAACUAAAAUGUAGACUGCUUUUACCAAAACAACCAACCAAAAUUUGUUAAUAAUUUUUAUA